AUGGUGCGCGGCGCCCGGACGGCGCCCGCCCGCGGCGGCAAGAAGAAGGGCCGCACGCCGUCGCCGAAGGGCCGCGCCGGCAAGAAGAAGGGCCGGACGCCGUCGCCGAAGCGCAAGGGCCGCAAGGACCGGCGCCGCGGCCGCGUCUCGGACUACAGCGACUCGGACUACAGCUCGCGGUCCUCGCGGUCGCGGUCGACGAGCCGGGAGCCGUCGCCGACGCCGUCGCAGGAGCAGGAGGAGCUGGCCGAGGGCAUCGAGACUCUCGUGGAUUUGGAGCGCGACCUCCGCGCGCUGCGGACGGAGCGGCUCCGCGAGGAGAAUGAGGCCAUAAAGCGCGAACGCGACGCCUGGCGGGAGCGCGCCGAGGGCGCCGCGGCGACGAGGGGCGGCCUGCGUCGCGCGCACGCGCCGGCGCCGCCCGCGCGCGCGCCGCGGUCGCGGCCCCUCGUCCGGGCGCAGGCCGACGCCCAGGGCGGCUUCGAGGACGAGGACGAGGGCGCGGACGACGUCGUGGACCUGAGCGGCGCCCAGGCGGGCGACGGGCGCUUCGCGACGCUCGUGAAGCGCGUGCACGCGCGGGCCGCGACGGAGGACCAGGCGCCGCAGGCGUGCUCCGUGUCGCACGCCCUCCUGGCGGAGAACGACCUGACGGACGCCUGCGAGCCGGCGCUCUCCGAGUUCGUCGCGGCGCAGCGGCUGCGCGUCUUGGAUCUGGAGGGCAACGCGCUGGGCCUGCGGGGCCUCGAGGCGGUCUGCCGGGCGCUCGCCGACGCCUCGGGCGCGUCGGGCACGCGGCUCCAGCGGCUGUGCCUGGCGGGCAACGGCUUCGCCGGCGAGCGGGGCGCCGGCGCGGCGCUCGGCGAGGCCCUGUACAAUCGGUCCAAGGAGGGCCACCUGCAGAAGCUGUUUGAAGUGACGUGCACGCUGGGCGACGACCCGCGCCUCGCGCGGGACGGAGAAGUGCCGCGGCGCAUGGUCCUCGGGCGGCGGACGCGCGGGCACCCGCUCGCCGACAACCCCAUCCUGCCCGACGACCCGAACGCGCCGGACGCCGUAUCAUCAAUGCCCCCGCCGCCGCCCCCCACCAAAAAGGCCGCUCCAAAGAAGCGGCCAACUCCCAAAAAGGCGGCGCGCCGCGGCGCGACGACCGCGACCGCGAAAGCCUCCGGCGACUCGCGGCCCCUGAACGCCGCGGCGUUCCUGGACAAGAUAAGCCUCGACGAUGCGGACGGCGCGCCGCAGCUCGCGGCGCUCGUCGCGCUCGCGCUGCGCGGCGCCCAAAUCACGCGCGACGCCGUCCAGAGCCUCGCGCGCAUGCGGCGCCUGACGGCGCUGGACCUGUCCUUCGCCUUCGUCGGCCCCCGCGGGGCCGCGGACCUGGCGGCCUCGCUCGUCGCCGGCGCGGACCCCGGCGACGCGCGCGCGGCGGGCCUCACGUAUUUAAACCUGACGCACAACGGCAUCGGCGACGCCGGCGUCCUGGCCCUCGCGGCCGCCCUGGACGGGUCCCUGCGCAAACCCCAGCCCGACGGCUACUACGACCUCGCGGUCGACAAGCGUGCGCGCGACGACGGCGACGCCCGCGCGCGCAAGCUCGGCCUCGCGGCGCGGGCGGCCGACGACGGCCCGUCCGCGCGCGACGCCUUCGCGCGUGCGCGCCGCGACGCGCGCGAAGGAAAGAAACCGCCGCCCGCGAAGGAGAAAAAGGAAAAGAAGGCGGCGGCGAAGAAGCCGCCGCCGCGCCGGGGCGCCAAGGACCGGAAGCGGGCGGGCCGCGAGGCGCCGGCGCCGGCCGCGCCGGCGGCGCCGCCCGGGCCGCGGGCGCCGUCGCUGACGGUGCUCGACGUGUCCGCGAACCGCAUCGGCCAGCGCGGCGCGCGCGCGCUCGCGCUGGCGCUGAAGCGGUCGCCGACGCUGGCGUCGGUGAACGUGGGCCGGAACGACCUCGGCGCGGACGCCUGCGCGGCCCUGCUCAAGGCCGGCGCGCAGAGCGCCGGCCUCUUCGAGCUGCGGGGCGCGCGCGCCGCGGGCGCGCGCGCCGCGGACGUCGCGGCCUUCGCCCGCCGCGCGGCGGACCGCCUCGAGGUGACGCGCCGGUCCGCGGGCGGCGGCGGGCGGACGCGCACCAUCACGAUCCGCGAGGACGACGCGGGCGACGAGGCGGCGCCGACCGUCUGCGACAUGCCGCCCGACGCGACGCUCCGCUACGCGGCCGGCGCCGGGCCCCUCGUCGCGCGGCCCCCCGAGGUCGACGGCGAGGCCCUGCGGCGGGCGGAGCGCGAGCGCGAGGCGGCGGCGAGCGCGCCGGAGGACGCGGAGGACGCGGCCGACGCGCCGCCGCCCUCGGCUCUGGGCCGGGCGAUCCUGAACGCCGCCGCGGCCGUGCGCGCGGCCUGCGGCGCCGCGCGCGACGGGGCCGACGACGGCUUCGCGCUGGCCUGGUCGCCCGCGGAGGUCGCGACGAUGCGCCGCGAGCGGCCCUGCCUGCCCGCGCCGCCGCCGCGGAGCGCCUGGCGCUGCGUCGGGCGCGCGUACGCGCCGGUCGCGGGCCAGCUCGUCGUGAGCUGGGCGACGUGCGUGCACCCGGCGCCCGUCGGCUUCCGCUGGCACCUCGUCCGGUCGCGGCCGCUCGGGGGCGGCGUGUCCGACGGCCUCGCCUCGGGCUCGCGCGCGGGCGAGACGGCGACGCCCGACGAGCCCGACGCGUACUACCCGCGCGGGUCGCCCUGGGCCUGGCACGCGCACCGGCUCGACGUCGCCGACGCGCUGCCCGGCGACGUGCUCUCGGUCUGGGCGGCGCCCGACGGCCCCGAGGACCUCGCGCGCCAGGAGGCCGCCCAACUCGUCGCGCGCGACCUGAGUGUGGGGCUCGCGGCGUCGCACCUCGCCGCGACGCCCGACGCGUCCUGCCUCCACGACGCGGCGAUCCUCGCGCUGCCGUUCCACGACUCGGCGCCGCUGGACGCGUUCGACGGGACGGGGCGGGCGUAGUGGUUUUUCUAACUUCCGAGUAGCGGUU